AUGGCGACCUCAACUCCUCCUUCGCCCGUCGAUCUGAGCUCGAGCGAGUCGCUGAUGAAGCACGGGCCAACGGUUCUGCAUCGUUUCAUUGCCGCGAAGCUCGAGGCUGCGAUGAACAAGGCCAUGCCGCAGAUGGAGGUGCGGUUCAAAGGGCUUUCGGUCUCCGCCAAAGAAGUCGAGACUCGACAACGAGGGGAUACCGCGACGCAGCUUCCGACGCUCUUCAACAGUGUGAAGAAGCUCGUGACUGCUUUGCGUCCGAAGAAGUCCACGGGCGAGCGCUUCAUCCUCCAGAACGUGAGUGGGGUGUUCCAACCCGGGACGAUCACACUGCUGCUCGGCCAGCCCGGAUCGGGCAAGUCGUCCCUCAUGAAAGUCCUGAGCGGCCGCUUCCCCACGGACAAGAAGGUGACGAUCAGUGGCGACAUCACGUACAAUGGAGUGCCACGGACCGCACUGAGCAAACGCUUACCGCAGUUUGUGUCGUACGUGGCCCAGCGAGACCAGCACUUCCCGACGUUGACGGUCCAGGAGACGCUGGAGUUUGCCCAUGCCUUCUGUGGUCCUACCCCCGUGUCGAAGCGUAGCGAGAAGCUCUUGUCCAGAGGGACUACGCAAGCGACAGCCGAAGCUCUUGGUGUCAUCCAGGCGCUGUAUGAACACUACCCCGAAGUCGUGAUGAAGCAGCUCGGCCUCGAGGUGUGCAAAGACACGAUCGUAGGCAAUGGCAUGGUGCGUGGGGUAUCUGGUGGCGAACGCAAGCGCGUGACAACGGGCGAGAUGGAGUUUGGCUUGCGGUACGUGACGCUCAUGGACGAGAUCAGCACGGGCCUUGACAGCGCCGCGACGUUUGACAUUGUCCAGACGCAGCGCGGGAUCACCACAGCACUUCGGAAGACGGUCGUCAUGGCUUUGCUGCAGCCGGCGCCCGAAGUCGUUGCGCUCUUUGACAACGUGAUGCUUCUGCACGAGGGCCACGUGAUCUACCACGGCCCUCGGGACGACGCGCUCGAGUACUUUGCAAGCCUCGGCUUCACGUGUCCACCGGACCGGAACGUGGCGGACUUCUUGCUUGAGCUCGGGACCAGCGAACAGGACAAGUACCAGGAUGCACUUCCAAGUGGCCGGACCUACUUUCCACGACGAGCGAGUGAGUUUGCUGCCGCGUUUCGAGCGUCUCGAGUUCACAUGGAUAUGAUGGAGACGCUCGAGGCUCCUCACGAGUCGGAGCUCCUUGGCGACGUGGGCAUCCACAUGAACCCAAUGCCGGAAUUCCAUCGAUCGUUUUGGGCCGCGACGCGGAUCCUCGUGACGCGGCAGACACUCUUGACCAUGCGGAAUCGAGCGUUCCUUCGAGGCCGGACCGUCAUGGUGCUUGCAAUGGGCCUCAUCUACUCGAGCACGUUCGGGCAGGUGGACCCGACGAAUGUCCAAAUCACAUUGGGCUCGAUGUUCCAGGCCAUCCUGUUCGUGGCAAUCGGUCAGGUCCCUCAAGUCCCGACGUUCAUGGCCUCCCGCGACGUGUUUUACAAGCACCGCAGCGCCAACUUCUUUCCCACAUCGGCUUACGUGCUCGCGUGUGCCAUCGCGCAAGUACCGUUCGCACUUGCCGAGAGCGUUGUGUUUGGCACGCUGGUCUACUGGAUGUGCGGCUUCACGGCAACGAUUGACGCGUUCCUGUGCUUCGUGGUCCUGCUCGUCUUGACCAGCCUCGUGUUUGCCGCCUGGUUCUUCUUGUUCACGGCGGCGUCGCCGGACGUGCACAUUGCGAAACCAGGCUCGACGUGCAGCAUCUCCUUGUUCAUCCUGUUUGCUGGCUUUGUCCUGACGAAGAGCACGAUCCCGAGCUGGUGCGUCUGGGUCUACUGGCUCAACCCCCUCGCGUGGUGCUUGCGGGCGAUGGCCGUCAACCAGUACCGGUCGCCCGAGCUCGACGUGUGCGUGUACGGCAGCAUUGACUACUGCACUCAGUUUGGCCAGACCAUGGGCACGUACGCCCUCGAGCAGUACGACGUGCCGUCGUCAAAGACGUGGCUCUGGUCCGGCAUUGUCUUCCUGCUCGUGUGCUACGCGGCGUUCAUGGGUCUCGGCUGCCUCGUGAUCGAGCACGUUCGGUUUGAACGCUCCGACCACGUUGUGGUUUUCCAGACGAGCACCGACGACGAGGUCGAUGCAGGUACGAACUACUUGUUGGUACUUGAUGCACCUCAUAGCCCACAGCACUCGGGCGUCGACGCUGCCUCCAUGUUGCACAGGUCAGCCACUGCGGUCGACGUACACCGUCGCGCACCGAGUGUCGUGCCCGUGACGCUGGCGUUCCAGGACUUGUGGUAUUCCGUGCCACAGCCGAAGAACCCCAAGACGCGGCUGCACCUGCUCCAGCGUGUCAACGGAUACGCUCUACCCGGGACACUGACGGCAUUGAUGGGGUCGUCAGGUGCCGGCAAGACGACGUUGCUGGACGUGCUCGCAGGCCGCAAGACGGGCGGCACGACCCGCGGCCGGAUUCUGCUCAACGGGUACGCUGCAACGGACCUCGCGGUCCGGCGGUGCACGGGGUACUGCGAGCAGACGGACAUCCACUCGAGUGCGACGACGAUCCGCGAAGCGCUGACGUUCAGCGCAGUGCUUCGUCAAGACAGUCGGGUGGCUUUGGCUGCGAAACUCGCGUCCGUGACCGAGUGCCUCGACCUGUUGGGGCUGCAGGCCAUUGCCGACCAAUUGGUGCGAGUGAGUUCGGUCGAGCAGCUCAAGCGCGUGACCAUUGGCGUCGAGUUGGCCGCGCAGCCCAGUGUGCUGUUCCUCGACGAACCCACGAGCGGCCUCGACGCCCGGGCGGCCAAAGCGCUGAUGAAUGGCGUCCGCAAUGUUGCCAAUACGGGCCGCACGGUCGUCUGCACGAUCCAUCAGCCGUCUUCGGACGUGUUUGACCUGUUUGACCACCUCGUGCUGCUCCAGCGCGGCGGCGAGCCGGUGUUUGCAGGAGAGCUCGGGGCACAUGCACACAAGCUGGUCGAGUACUUUGAAGCGAUCCCGGGGGUCUCCCCGCUUCCGAAGACGGCCAACCCCGCGACGUGGGUGCUCGACUGCAUUGGUGCAGGCGUUGUACGAAACACGCCCGUCGCGUCGGCGGAAAUUGACUUUGUGCAGUGGUUCGAGGCGAGCAAAGAGAAGCGGCUCAUGGAUGCGGUUAUGGCUCAAGAAGGCGUCACGAAGCCCUCGACGACGGGCCCCGAGCUGCGGUUUACUACGAAGCGAGCAGCGACGUGGUGGACGCAGGCCACGUGGGUGACGGGCCGCUUCUUGCGGACGUACUGGCGCACCCCAACGUAUACUCUCACGCGCUGCAGCAUUGGCCUCUUGCUGGCGCUUGUUGCGGGGUUGACGUACGUUGACGGCGAUCGUACGAGCUACCAGGGCGUGAACAGCGCCGUGGGGAUAGUGUACGUGACGACGCUGUUCAACGGCAUCAUCUCGUUCAACGGGGUCCUGCCCCUGGCGUCCGAAGAGCGCGCGGCGUACUACCGGGAACGGGCGUCCCAGACAUACAAUGCGCUAUGGUACUUUGUCGGCGCGACGGUGGCCGAGGUCCCCUACGUGCUCCUGAGCUGUCUCCUCUUCACUGGCGUCUUUUACCCACUCAUGGGCUUUACCGGUCUGACCACGGGCCUCUUGUACUGGCUCAACCUCUCGCUGUUCGUGCUCCUGCAGACGUACAUGGGGCAACUGUUUGUCUAUGCGUUGCCGAACGUCGAAGCGGCGGCGAUUCUCGGCGUACUGGUCAACUCGAUCUUCUUUCUCUUUAUGGGCUUUAACCCACCGGCAAGUGCGAUUCCCGACGGCUACAAGUGGCUCUACGCAGUCACACCGCAACGGUACUCGCUGUCGAUCCUCAUGGCGCUCGCGUUUGCCGACUGCUCGCGACCGCCGACGUGGGACGCGGCUCGACAGCGAUACGUCGACUUUGGACCGGAACGCGGGUGUCAGCCCAUGACGAAAGUGCCCGUGACGAUGGAACAUGUUACCGUCAAGGACUAUGUCGAGUCGGUCUUUCAGUUUCGACACGACGAGCUCGUGGCAAAUGUCGGGUACGUGUUGCUGGCGCUCGGGAUCCUGCGACUGCUCGCGUUACUCGCACUGCGCUUCAUAAACCACCAGAAGAGGUGA